GCUGUAAACACAUGUAAAAGGUCGCUACUGAGCUGAGCCCAUCACAGGCUCACCUGACCAACCAGGGGUGUGGCAACACAGAAGCUCUAUAAAUAAAAGCGUGAGAGGAAUUUCAUUCAUGACAUGGACAAAGCCCAUCAACUGAGCUCCAGCACUCUCAGAGCAAACCUACCUGGCAGGCUCACCAUGCUCGGAUCACUCUCACUCCACUGGCUCGCCUCCUGCACCCUGCUACUUCUCGUGCUCAGCUCAGGGGAGAGCCGGCCUCGCAAAGACGCACCUGAUGUGGGCGGCCAGAGGCUCCUGCUCAUGGAGGCGGUGAAGAUGGGGAUCCUCGGCUCGUUGGGGAUGGACAGGGAGCCCAGGCCAGCCCAGAAAGCUUCGGAGGAAGAGCUGAGGAAGAUGUAUCAACUCUACAGGGAGAAACUGAGAGAGAUGAGAGGAAACACCAGCCGGACGAUAGAGGAAACCUGGCAAUCCAACAUGUCUACUGUGCUCUUCCCAGCGACAGUGGAGCCGAUGAAAACGCGUCGGAGGGGAGAACAGACGAAGUCGGGUCAUCGCUUGCAGUGGUACAGAGCUGUUUUCCACAAGAACCCCAGUAUCCAGGAUGAGCUGGCACUCACUCAGGCUGAGCUGAAGAUUUCCAGGCAGGUUUUAGACAAAUCCAUUUCAGUUGAGCCUGAGGUGAGACAAGAGAUUAAAGUUAAAGUCAACAGGAUGAAGCCGAUGAACUCACCAGUUCUUGCCAAUGUGUCAGAAAGUCGAGAAGCGAUGCUGGACGUCAGACCUGAGGUGGAGAGCUGGAUGGGGACUGAGGGUGUGCAGGCACUGAUUGUGGAAGUAGGCAUAGCUGUGUUUGGAGACGACGCCCUCAUGUCAAAUCCAACUAUCUCUCUGGAAUUGGGCCUCAUGAAGCCCGAACCAGCCCGCAGGUCGAAGCGCUCCAACAAGGAGGACGACUGCGACGAAGAGGGAUGGUGCUGCCGGAAGUCCAUCAUCGUGUCCUUCAAAGACAUCGGCUGGCAGGACUGGGUGGUGGCCCCGGCUGAGUACACCAUGCAUUUCUGCGACGGCACCUGCCCACACAACUACAAGCCUGCCAGCAUGCACACACAGGUGAAGUCUCGGCUGCACCAGCUCACCAAAGGAGGCACGCCUCGGCCCUGCUGCGUGCCGGCCGCCUACGAGCCCAUGGUCCUCAUGCACUACGACAGCAGGGGAAAGUUGAAGCUGACGCCAUUCGAUGACCUGAUUGUCAGCAAAUGUCACUGUGCCUGAGAGAAAAACUGUUCUGUACUUUAAACCCUGACCUUUGGGAGGGUAUUACCAUGGGAAAAAUGAGUUACAUGCUGAAAAAGAACGUGACGUUCCUCCACUAGUGCUUUAUUCUGAGGACGAAGAGACAUGUUACGGCUGCACAGAGCAACUGAUUUGUUUGGCAUUUUAGACCAGGCAGUAGAUCUGUUAAUUCACAUUAUUUAUUUUAAGUUAUGGACUUAAACGUAUUACUUACUUGUGUUUUGUGUGUUGUUAAAUGUUACAGCGUAUUGGAGUACAACUUACUAUUUAAUUUUAUUGCCAUUUGUUAUUUAAAGUACUGUUUUGUUUUAUGUGGCGUGUGGUUUAGAUAUUGUUUGCUGUCUUAUACAUUUCACUGAUAAUUGUACUGAUGUAUCUGCUUCACUUGAAUGCAUCGACUGGCACCUUUCAUAAUAAACACAUGAGCAAGAUUCUUUCUCUCAUAUUUG